GCGCAUAUGGCUGGAAUAUUUACAUGAUUCAAAAGUUCAGUUGAUGUCCAAACAGUGGUCUAGUAUUCGAGCAAAGAGUGUCAGGUCUGACGGGUUCAUGCAAGUCUGUGCAAGUCGCCGGUAAAACAAAAGGUGAACAAAACUGCGUUUCAAUAUUAGGAAAAGAUUAUAAAUAGGUAUAUUUGAAAAUAGUCAACAAUGGACGAAAGUUUUAAGCAUUGGCGUAAUUCGAGUAAACGAUUAGAAAACACCGAUGAGUCCUUUGUUAUUUCUGAUGACAGUGAGAUCGAAAAUUCUAUCAAAGUUGAUAGAAUAAUUAUCGAUGAAAGCGAUGAUGACAGCGAUGUAUCGGAGAAUACGACGCCAAAAAAAAAUAAAUCCUUUGAUGAUGAUGAUGAUGAUGAUACACCAAUUGUUUCUUUGGCUAAAGGCAAUAAGUUGAAAAAAUAUACAAUAACAGAUUCUGAUGACAGUACUAAUGAUGAUGAUGAUACUAAUUCCUUUUCCUAUUCAUUACUUAAGAAUAAAGGUAAAAAACGAAAGGACGUUAGUCAUGAUAAUACAAAGGAAGAUAUAAAAGAAUUAAAACUUAACUCUUCUAGUAGUGAAUCUUUUAGUGAAGUUGGAAAAAUAGUAAAUAAAUAUUUAAAUAAUAGUGAUGAGAAAACAAUAGAUGGAAAUAGAACAUCUGCAGUCGAAGUAUCUCAUGAUGAGCCUGUGACAAUUGAGCUUGAUUCAGAAUCUAGUUCAGGACGAAAUACUCCAACAUCUGAAUUUGCAUCAUUAAUUGGCAGAGAAGAAGCAAGAAAUUUGGAUUCAAUAGUAGAGCAGGAGAGAGCAAUUACUAUUUGCAAACUUGAAAAGCUGACAGAUGAAGUAGCCAAGUCAAAGUUAUUGCUUACUAAAGGAAACGUUGAAGUUUUACCUGACGGAGGGAAAAAAUUGCUAGAAAAUAUACGUGAGCAAGAAAAAGAAAUUGAGAAAUUAAUAAACAAGUUACAAGAGACUACGUUUCCAAAACACAAUUUUAAUGAGGAAGAAACCGAAACGGUGGACGAAUCAGAGUAUGCCUCGUCUCACUCUGAUGUCAGAGAUGAUCCAUAUUUCAGAGAUGAUCCAUAUUUUAGAGAUGAUCCAUAUUUUGACAUACCAAUGAGAUCUACUACAUCUGAAUCAAAGGAACUAGGCAAGAAGGCACAGGAAACAAGAGAUAAGGAACUCGCUUUAACAGUCGAACGAUUGCAAGAUUUACAUAAAUCGCUUGUAGCUCGUCCAUCAGAAGAUGAAAAAGCGGAAGAUCCAAGAGGAUUAAAAGUGCCAUUAAUGCCGCAUCAACGACACGCUUUAGCAUGGCUUCUGUGGAGGGAACAGAAAAAACCAUCUGGUGGUAUUCUAGCUGAUGAUAUGGGUUUGGGCAAGACAUUAUCCAUGAUAUCUUUAAUCAUGACUACUGCUGCUAAGAAAACUUCUGAUGAUGAAGACAGUGAUGAAUGGAAUAGUGAGCGUAAACCUUCACAUUGCAAAGGUGGUACUUUGAUAGUCUGUCCUGCGUCUUUAUUGUCUCAAUGGGAAAAGGAAGUGCAGAGUAAAUGCAAACGCGGUUUGCUGUCCGUUGAAGUGCAUCACGGCAAUAAAAGAGAAUGCGUUCCUAAACGCUUGGCAAGAAAUGAUAUAGUCAUCACAACGUACAAUCUAUUGCCACGAGAAUACAGAAGCAAUUCUACAUUGUAUAAGAUUAAGUGGGAAAGAAUAAUACUAGAUGAAGCACAUAUAAUAAGAAAUCACAAAAGUCAAGCAUCUAUAGCAGCUUGUGAACUCAUGGCGAACAAACGGUGGGCUCUCACUGGCACGCCCAUACAAAAUAAAGAAAUGGACUUGUAUUCCAUCUUAAAAUUUCUUAGAUGUUCACCGUUUGAUGAUAUACGGGUUUGGAAACGAUGGGUGGAGAACAAAAGUGCAGCCGGUCAUCAAAGACUAGCAACAGUUACAAAAACUUUAAUGCUGCGAAGAACAAAACAGGAAUUGAUAGCCAAAGGCGAUAUAGAGAAUUUACCCAGCAAAUCUAUAGAAGAAGUAAAUGUAAAACUAGACCCAGAGGAGCAAUUAGUAUACGAAAAAAUUCUAAUUUACUCUCGUACCUUGUUCGCACAAUUCUUAGCUCAAAAGGCAGAAAAGAGUCACAUGUUCGAUUUGAACAGUGGAACAUAUGAUAGACCUAGCUAUCUUUCAAAUCCAAAUAAAGAAACGAAGUUCACAAAAGCUCAGAACAAAUUGCUUGCGCGGCACGCUGAUGUAAAGACGCACGAGAUUUUGGUGCUUCUGCUACGAUUACGUCAGGUAUGCUGCCAUCCAGCAUUGAUUCACGCAAUGCUCGAUCAAGAGGAUGUGCAACAAAGUGAAAUAGCAGGCAUGGGAAACAUAGAUCUCGACUUAUUGUCUCGAGUGCAUCGCAUGUCGCUCAAUGCGAUCAAUAAUAUGGAUAAGGAAGAUAUGGAUGAGGAAGAUAUAGAUCAGGAAGAUAUAGAUCGAAGAAUUGUCGGAAAUCUACUUACAAUGGAUAAUCCAGUAUUCAAUGAUGAUCGCACCAGUUCUAAAAUGAGGGUCCUACUCGACACAGUUCAAACAAUUUUAGAAAAGGGUGACGACAAACUCAUUAUCGUUUCUCAGUGGACCAGUUUGUUAGACGUUGUAGCAUCGCGCUUAUCUUCGAUAAAAGGUGCUACUUUCAGCAAGUUUACUGGAAAAGUAGCCGUCAAAGAUCGACAGAGUGUUGUGAAUUCCUUCAACGAUGAAAAUUCUGAAUCGAGAAUUUUGCUGCUUUCGCUUACCGCUGGUGGAGUGGGAUUGAAUUUGGUAGGCGGCAAUCAUUUAUUAUUGUUCGAUAUUCAUUGGAAUCCUCAACUCGAGUCAUUUAUUUGCACAGAUACAAUAGAAGAGCGCAUCAAAGCCUUACAAGAGCGAAAGCUUCAAAUAGCACAAAAUGUAUUGAGUGGUGAUAAACAUACUGCUACGAAACUGACACUCAAUGAUCUCAAAUCGCUCUUCGGUUUCUAA